UCUUUUUCUCUUGUUUUAAAUAGUUGUUCAUGGCGGUUGUAACUCAAGACAUCAAGAUAUCAUGUCAAAAUAGUGUUAUUAAAGGCAAUGGAGCCAAAUCGAAUGAAGGUCAUCCAUGGAGAAACUGGAAGAUCACAUUAGUGGCCAUGGAUGGCGAUAAAGAAGUCAAGGGCAAACUGUCUGUCAUAUUAGAUCAUGUCGAAUACAUUCUUCAUCCUACUUUUGAAGAUCCCAGAAGAGUCAAAAAAGAGGAACCCUAUGUAUUACAAGAAAAGGGUUGGGGUGAAUUUGAUAUGCGUGUUGUGUUGUAUUUUGCAGAGAACAUUACAGAUCCACAAGUACUGUUAUUUGAUUUGAAUUUUGCCAUGACUCAGUAUUCCAUUACACACACUGUCAAGUUUCCGAAUGCAUCACCCGAAUUGAUUGAAUUACUGGCAAGAGAACCAUUGCCUCGAAAGGGAGGUAAAAAACCUAUGAGUACUGUCCCUAUAUCUAAAAAGGUAUCUAAAAAGAAACCUGUGAGUCCACAGCCAAAGAUAAGCAAGAAACCAAAACCAGAGAUCAAAAGAAAACCUUCUCUAGACACAACUAUAUCGCCACCACUACCAUUAUUAUCACCAAACAUUACCAUGGCUCGAUCACCUUCAUUUACAGACCUAUCACCGAUAGAGAACUCACCCUUAACAGAGGUGCAUGAAGACAGAGCUGAGCAUGUCUAUAAAAUGAGUGAUGUCUAUCAUUUAAACUCAGUUCAUCAUGCUAAAAUUGACAAAAGUGUACGAGACAAGUGGGAUAUACCACAGAUCAAUAUGAUGGAAUUAGCCAAGAGAAUGCAUCGUAUGACACCAGAACAAACAGAAGAACUACAGAAAAUCAUUGCUCACCAUCGACCUGAACAUCUUAGGACAAUGAUACAAGAAGACACAAAUACAGUAGGCAUUGAUUUGUAUUCACUGGGCAAACCACUCUUGGAGAAAUUAUGGGAUUAUUUAGCAGACAUGGCUUCAGAUGAUAAUGAAUCCUUUACUUCACAAGACCAUCAUCCAAGCGAUUUGGAGUUUGGUAGUGAUGUUGAAUACAAUAGUGAUGGAGAGAUCUUUGAUGAUAAUCGAUCUUUAUCUGAUAUGGAUGAACCUGGAUUUCCUCUGAGUGACUUUGAAAGUGAUCAGGAACACAAAUUGACCAAUGGGCAUGUAGAAAACGAAUAUCAGCAUGGAUCAGAUAUGGAUGAAUAAAGCCUAUAUAUAUAAAGAGGGGAGAAUACCUUUCUUCUUCUUCUUGUUCUUGUUCUUUGAUGCAUUGCUUUAUUUUACUCUUGUUUGCCUUGUUUUGUACUA